AGUAAACAUUCAAAAUGGCGGAGAGUCUAGAGAAUCUACACAAUGUAGCACAAAAUGAAGAAAUUAUGGAACAGGAAGAAAUUGAUGUUGCUGCUGUAAACAGAGCUGUAAACAAUACUUUUCUCUCAAAAUAUUUUCAUCUGUUUCGAUUAUUCGGUGGAUUAUUACGCGAUGUAUUUACUAGUUUAUUACGUAUUAGAAAUCAAGAAAGCGAUGAAGGUAUUGAGAUGUAUAAUGCGAGCCCUGAAGUUGAGACCAGAGAAGACAGAGAAAUAGAUGUACAUAAUCAACAAGAAGUUCAUGGGAGAGUUGUAAGAAUUGAAGAUGAAAUUGUUGAAGAGUUACCAUUAAUAGCCAUGCCAAGUAUUGUAUUAAUUCCUGGAAAUGUUCUUCCUUUACACUUGUACGGAAGACCUGCCGAAUGUCUCCUUAAAAGGCUGCGUGAAGGCCAGGGUCCUUGUUCUAUAGGGGUCAUAAAUAGUCGAGUGUACGAAGAUGAAGAGACGAACGCUCAUGUAAUGGAACUAUCAGAUAUCGGUACUACAGCCGAAAUUAUAUCAUAUCAAGAUUGUUCGGAUGGUCGAACUGGAAUAUUCGAGGUUACAGCAAAAUCUAUUGGCAGGGAGAGAUUUAAAUGUCUCGGAAGAAGAAGAACUGUUGACGGAACCCUCACUGCUAAAGUGAAAAUUUUACCUGAAGUAAAAUUUUCUUGUCCUUUUUCGUCUCUAUUACCUGGCGGCUACAGAAAUCUACCAAGAAAUCAAAGAAAAAAAUAUCUAAAACUUGGAGCCGAUAGAACCAAUAUACCAUAUUUCCUUUAUAAGCAGUACGAUGUAGAUGUCCUGCGAGAAAAAAUAGCCAAAGAAUUGAAAUCUUGGCUAAGAGUUGAGACAAUGCCAGAAGAUCCAGUCGCUUUCUCUUUUUGGGCAUCUCAAAAUAUACCAGUCGAUGAUCAGUUAAAAUUAAAACUUUUAUCACAACAUUCAGUAGUAAGAAGGCUAAGAAUGAUUGUUAGCAUCAUUGAACGAUGGGACGCUUUAUUGUGCGUUCACUGCGGUGAAUAUGUUACAUCUAAGGAUGACAUAUUUAGCAUGUCUUCAUCUGGUCCACUAGCCGCCUAUGUUAAUCCGAAUGGGCACGUUCAUGACACAAUUACUGCCAUGAAAGCGGAAAAUAUGAGUUUGAUAGGUAAGCCAAUCUAUGAAAAUUCAUGGUUUCCUGGAUAUGGUUGGACAAUAGCACAAUGUAAGCAUUGUGGACAUCAUCUCGGAUGGAGAUUUACAACCAAAGAAAAACUAAAACCGCAAGUAUUUUGGGGUUUAACGAGAGGUUCUUUAGAACCAGGUCUAAAUCCCAGACCAGAAGAUUCUCUAAGAAAUAGCGAGUGGGAACCUAUGAUCUAA